UCUCUCUCUCUCUCUCUCUCUCUCUCUCCUGUCAUUCUAAUCACGCUUCUCUCCCACCCUCUACAAUUCUCUACCUAUAACAGAAGAGAAGUCGAGUCUUCUCCAAUCAAGCAUCCUUAGCCGCCUUCCAUGGACAACGCUAGACAGGUUCGGCCGCUGCGCUCCACCUCUGCGACCGCCACACCACCGCCAGAGCUCAUACUAGGCUCAAUGGAGUUCCUUUCCCGAUCAUGGAGUCCCACUGCCUUCGAAAUCGCAAAAGCUCUCUCCCCUCGCCUGCCACCUCGCUGCGCCGCCUCCGCCGCCAUACUUGACCACACCGCCGACGAAGCAAAAGACUUUAGCGCACCACUACCAGCCGGAAACCACUUCACGUUUGCCUGCUCUGCCACCUCACAGCUCGUUAUGGAGAGAAUCAUGUCGCAGCCGCAAGAUGUAUCGCAGUUGACGUCGGGUCGGCUCUCCCACAGCAGCGGACCAUUGAACGGCGGAUCUCUCAGCGAUAGCCCUCCGUUCUCCCCCUGCGAUUGGGAAGACGUUCAGGACCUUCCUUUCCUUGCUCAGAACUUUCACAAAAAGAACCACAGAACAACUAAACCACCAAAGCCAAAUUACAGAGUAGAAAGCAGAACACUGAGUAAGUGGCUUAAAGACCGUAGGGAACGAAAGGACGAGGCGCGUGCUCAAAACGCGCAGCUCGAUGCUGCGAUAUCCGUCGCCAGCCUCGCUGCUGCAGUGUCUGCCAUCGCCGCCGCCACUGCAGGUGCCACUUCCACGGAAGAUGACUGUGCAUCUCGCACCAACGACGCCAUUGCCUCUGCCGCCACUCUUGUGGCCGCGCAGUGCGUUGAGGCCGCCGAGGCUCUCGGGGCCGAACGUGGCCACCUAGCAGCUGCCGUCGCCUCCGCCAUCAGUGUCCGAACUACCGGCGACAUCGUUGCUCUCACCACCUCUGCCGCUGCAGCGCUGAGAGGAGCAGAACCACUGAAAGCAAGAGUUUUUAAGGAAAUAUGGAACAUUGCCGCCGUGAUUCCAGAGGAGAAGGGAUUUUCGGCCCAUCGGAGCCGCCAGUCGAGUGAAGAAGCAAGGGAUUCGAGCGGGGAGGUCAUGCCUGAGGAGCAUUUUCAGGGGCUUUGUAGCCAGGAGGUCCUCGCUCGUGGUGCAGAGCUUCUGAAGAGAAGCAGGACAGGAGCUCUUCACUGGAAGAUUGUUUCAGUAUACAUCGACAGAGACGGCCAUGUGAAGCUCAAGACCAAGAGCCGGCAUGUGGCUGGAAGCAUCACCAGCAAGAAGAAGAAUAUUAUCGAGGUGUGGAAGGACAUGCCGCCAUGGCCGGGGAGGCAUUUGCUGCAGGAAGGUGGAGCGGAGCGGCGUUACUUCGGGUUGAAGACAAUAGAGGAGGGAGUGGUCGAGUUCGAAUGUAGGGGACAGAGGGAGUAUGAGAUAUGGACGAAGGGUGUUAGCUGGUUGCUCUCGAUCGCCGGUGAGAAGGCGAGGGGAGCUCAAUGAGAGGAGAAGUUGGAAGAUGAAGAGUUAGGAAUGGGUUUUUUUUUUAAAGUGUAAUUUCAUAAUGAAAGAAAUGAAUAUUUUUGAUAAGUUCUAUGCAAAUAAAAUGAAAGAGAAUUCACAACAA